AUGCCUUCCUCCUCCCAGACCUCGAAGAUAGCUACUCGCCGGCUGCAUGCUACAUCUCGGCACCUGAGGCCAGCUGUAGCAACUGCUCCCGACGCCAAUGACUACCCGACCUCACACGAGAAGAUACAGAAUGUGGAGGAUACACCAUAUUUCGUCGACAAUCAGUUCCUGAAGUCAGAGGCCACGCAAUUCAUUGAUUUGCAUGACCCCGCCACCAACAAUCUGGUCACAAGGGUGCCGCAAAGCACAGAUGCGGAGCUCAAGGCGGCGGUUGAUAGUGCCCAAAAGGCGUUUCCAGCAUGGAGGGCCACCAGUGUCAUGGCGAGGCAGCAGAUUAUGUUUAAGUUUACCCAACUUGUCAGGGACAAUUGGGAUAGGUUGGCGGCGAGUAUCACACUCGAGCAGGGCAAGACAUUUGCUGAUGCCAAGGGAGAUGUGCUUCGCGGUCUACAAGUUGCAGAAGGAGCCUGCAACAUUCCUCAACAAAUGAUGGGAGAAGUUCUAGAGGUGGCUAAGGAUAUGGAAACAAGGUCAUACAGAGAGCCAUUGGGUGUCGUGGCUGCCAUUUGCCCUUUCAACUUCCCUGCCAUGAUUCCUCUGUGGUCAAUCCCUAUUGCCACCGCCACAGGAAACUGCCUUAUCCUCAAGCCGUCAGAGCGGGAUCCUGGUGCGGCCAUGAUCCUAGCAGAGCUUGCUCAAAAGGCUGGAAUGCCUCCAGGAGUUCUGAACAUUAUCCACGGUUCAGCUAAGACAGUUGAUUUCAUUAUCGACGAACCUGCAAUCAAGGCAAUUAGUUUUGUUGGCAGCAACCGCGCCGGAGAGUAUAUCUUCACCCGCGGAUCGGCUAACGGCAAGCGUGUUCAAGCAAAUCUGGGCGCCAAGAACCAUGCAGCUAUCCUUCCAGAUGCUAAUAAGCAGCACGCAAUUAACUCGAUCGUUGGUGCGGCAUUUGGUGCGGCAGGCCAGCGAUGUAUGGCUCUCAGCACCUUGGUUAUGGUUGGCGAGACCAAGGAGUGGCUUACGGAGCUUGCAGAGGGUGCCAAAGCGCUAAGUGUCAAUGGAGGAUUUGAGAAGGGCGCUGAUCUGGGACCUGUCAUCUCCCCACAGAGCAAGGAGAGGAUUGAAAGCCUCAUUGCAAGCGCCGAGGAAGAGGGUGCCACUAUUUUGUUGGACGGUCGUGGAUAUAAGCCCGCGAAUUACCCCAACGGCAACUGGGUCGGCCCAACCAUUAUCACAAACGUUAAGCCACAUAUGAAGUGCUACACGGAGGAGAUCUUUGGACCAGUGCUGGUCUGCUUAAACGUCGAUUCGCUAGAUGAAGCCGUUGAUCUCAUCAAUGCCAACGAGUACGGAAACGGCGUCGCUAUCUUUACGAAAUCCGGUGCCACAGCCACUGCAUUCCAAAAGAAUAUUGAAGCUGGACAGGUUGGAAUCAAUGUACCAAUCCCGGUCCCCCUUCCCAUGUUCAGCUUCACGGGUAAUAAAAAGAGCAUUGCAGGUGGUGGAGCAAACAACUUCUACGGCAAGCCUGGGUUGCAAUUCUAUACACAGUUGAAGACUGUGACGAGCUUGUGGAGAAGCGAGGAUGCUAUUUCAAAGGCUGCAGAUGUUUCUAUGCCUACUCAUAGCUAA